AUGGCUGUGGUUCAGUUUGGAAGUGAGGACGAGUCGAACGUAUCGAAGCCGUCGAAGCGGAUGCGAUGGGCUACUCAACGUCGUCCCGGCCGGCAAGGCUCGAAAAAGCGAACUUCUAUCAUCGAUAAGCUACACCAGAGAGCAGGUUCAAGGGACGAGAAACGGAGAUCCAAUGCCAGCAGCCUCCCCAAUGGCAGUGCGCCCUCCGAAGCCUCAGACGAGGCGGAGACGCGGCGGAUCUAUGUCAACGUACCACCUCCUCCUCACCAGAGAGACGAGAACGGCAACUCGACGAUAAGUUUUGGACGGAACAAGAUUCGGACGGCCAAGUACACUCCUCUCAGUUUCCUCCCGAAGAACUUGUACUACCAAUUUCACAACAUGGCCAAUGUUUACUUCUUGUUCACCAUCAUCCUCAGUAUUUUCUCCUUUUUUGGUGCUUCAAACCCUGGCCUGGGAUCAGUACCACUUAUCUCCAUUCUGACGGUUACCGCGUUGAAAGAGGGCGUUGAAGACUGGCGACGAACCGUGCUGGACAACGAUUUAAAUAACUCGCCCAUUCACCGCUUGGUGGGCUGGAACAACGUCAAUUCUACAGAGGAUAAUGUGUCGCUAUGGCGCCGGAUUAAGAAAGCGACGACAAGGGGAGUCAGGCGGGCCUGGAAGUGGUUCAAGCGUGUUAGAAAGGGCGAAAAGGCUGAACCCAAACCAAUCGUUGAGGAUACGCCGCGAAUGUCGAUAGCUACUCAACGACCCGAGUUCCGCAAUUCAACUUACUCCUACCGACCGUCAUACCAGGCAGACCGUCCUGGAAAUGGCAAUGAAGAUAUCCAAAUGACUCCUCUCCCGUCUCCGAGCGUCAAUGGAAACGGUAAAGCUGAAUCACGCGCUCCUCCUCCUUUCAACGACACGCCCAUGUCACCUACGGGAAAGUUCUACGGCAGUCUUCUCAAUAAGUCAUGGCAGCCAUCCGGAUCUGCCAGAUUUAAACGUGAUUACUGGAAAAACGUAGAAGUGGGCGACUUUAUCCGAAUAUAUAAUGGAGAGCAAAUCCCAGCUGAUGUGGUGGUCCUGUCUACCUCCGAUCCGGACGGCGGCUGCUAUGUUGAAACCAAGAAUCUUGACGGAGAAACCAACUUGAAAGUGCGACAGGCACUACACUGCGGGCGUGCCGUCAAACACGCGAGAGAUUGCGAAGGGGCUCAAUUCGUUAUCGAGAGCGAGCAGCCGCAUCCCAAUCUUUACCAGUACAACGGUGCUAUCAAAUGGAAUCAGGCUAACCCUAAUUACCCGGAAUCCCCGGAAAAGGAGAUGGUGGAAGCAAUCACCAUCAACAACGUCUUGCUUCGUGGCUGCAACUUGCGAAACACCGAAUGGGUCCUUGCGGUUGUCAUCUACACCGGUCUGCAAACGAAGAUUAUGCUCAAUACUGGACUCAGCCCACGCAAAAGCGCUCGACUGGCAAGGGAUCUCAACUGGAACGUUAUCUACAAUUUCAUUAUACUCUUUGGAAUGUGUCUUAUUUCGGGUAUCGUGCAGGGGGCUACGUGGGCUCAGGGUAACAAUUCCUUGAACUUUUUCGAGUUUGGGUCUUAUGGCGGUAGACCCAGCGUCGAUGGAAUCAUUACAUUCUGGGCAUCCCUCAUCCUGUACCAGAAUCUUGUCCCGAUCUCUCUCUUCGUCUCCCUUGAAAUUAUACGUACUCUCCAGGCCGUCUUUAUCCACAGUGAUACCUUCAUGUACUACGAAAAACUGGAAUACCCCUGCACACCCAAAUCUUGGAAUAUCUCAGAUGACCUUGGCCAGAUUGAAUAUAUCUUCUCCGACAAGACUGGUACUCUGACCCAGAAUAUUAUGGAGUUCAAGAAAUGCACGAUCAAUGGCGUUGCUUAUGGUGAAGCCUACACCGAAGCGCAGGCUGGUAUGCAGCGCAGACAAGGAAUCAAUGUGGAGGAAGUUGCAAGAAAGGCCAAAGAGGACAUAGCACGGUCACGAGAGUCAAUGUUGAAGCAGCUUAGGGCUAUUCACGACAACCCAUAUCUCCACGAUGAUGAGCUCACCUUUGUGUCUUCGAACUUUGUCUCUGAUCUUACAGGCUCAUCUGGAGAAGAACAGAAGAAUGCCGUCGCCAACUUCAUGACUGCUCUCGCUUUAUGCCAUACUGUCAUCACAGAACGCACUCCAGGCGACCCGCCCAGAAUUGAUUUCAAGGCCCAAUCGCCUGACGAAGCAGCUCUUGUAUCUACCGCGCGAGACUGUGGCUUCACCGUACUAGGCCGAACUGGUGAUGAUAUCCGAUUGAAUGUCAUGGGUGAGGAACGACGAUACACGGUUCUUAAUACUCUGGAAUUCAACUCCACUAGGAAGCGAAUGAGUGCUAUCAUCAGAAUGCCUGAUGGAAGAAUCAUACUCUUCUGCAAGGGUGCUGAUAGUAUAAUAUAUUCCCGCCUUUCUCGUGGUAAGCAAGCCGAACUCAGAAAGAACACAGCAGCACAACUUGAAGUCUUUGCCAGAGAAGGUCUCCGAACGCUUUGUGUCGGACAGCGCAUCCUCUCGGAAGAGGAGUACCAAGAGUGGAAUAAGACUUAUGAGGAUGCUGCCCAAGCCAUUGAUGAACGUGACGAGAAGCUUGAGGAAGCGGCAAGCUUCAUUGAGCGUGAACUUACCUUAAUCGGAGGAACUGCCAUUGAAGAUAGAUUGCAAGACGGUGUUCCAGACACUAUUUCUUUGCUCGGAGCUGCUGGUAUCAAGCUGUGGGUUUUGACAGGAGACAAGGUCGAGACCGCUAUCAAUAUCGGCUUCUCCUGUAACCUGCUGGCCAGCGAUAUGGAGCUAAUUAUCUUUAAUGUCGAUGCGGAUGAUAUCGAUGCCGCCACCACCGAGCUUGAUAGCCACCUCGCGAAUUUCAACCUUACAGGAUCCGACGCAGAGCUUCGAGAAGCUCAAAAGAACCAUGAACCUCCGGCUGCCACGCACGCACUUGUCAUUGACGGAGAAACUCUCAAGAUGAUGCUCACUGAUAAGCUGAAGCAAAAGUUUCUUCUCCUAUGCAAGCAAUGCAAGUCCGUUAUCUGCUGCCGUGUCAGCCCUGCGCAGAAGGCUCAGGUUGUUAAGAUGGUCAAGGAAGGCUUGAAAGUGAUGGCACUCUCCGUCGGCGAUGGCGCCAAUGAUGUUUCUAUGAUCCAAGAAGCUGAUGUAGGCGUUGGUAUUGCUGGCGAGGAAGGACGACAAGCAGUCAUGUCUUCGGACUAUGCUAUUGGACAGUUCAGUUACUUACAACGUUUGAUUCUGGUGCAUGGUCGAUGGUCGUAUCGUCGCAUUGCUGAGACCCUCGCAAACUUCUUCUACAAGAACCUUGUCUGGACAUGCGCUUUGUUUUGGUAUUCCAUCUAUAACAAUUUUGAUAGUUCGUACCUUUUCGACGGCACUUAUAUCAUUCUGGUUAACCUUGCAUUUACCUCGUUACCUGUUAUCUUGAUGGGCAUUCUUGACCAGGACGUUGAUGACAAAGUGUCUCUUGCUGUUCCACAGCUUUACAAGAAUGGCAUCGAACAGAAGGAGUGGACUCGUACCAAGUUCUGGCUUUACAUGCUGGACGGGCUGUAUCAGUCUGUGAUCUGCUUCUUCACGACGUAUCUCCUGUUCCGCCCAGGGCAGAACGUCAGCGAAAACGGCCUGGACCUCAGUGAUCGUACACGAAUGGGAAUCUACGUUGCCUCAUGUGCAAUUGUAUGCAGCAAUACCUACGUUUUGCUCAAUACUUACCGCUGGGACUGGUUGACUGUCCUUAUUAACGCCGUGAGCUCGCUCCUCAUCUGGUUCUGGACUGGCGUCUACUCCGCUACCACAUCGGCUGGCCAGUUCUACAAUGCCGCAGCCGAAGUCUACGGUAGCCUUUCGUUCUGGGCUCUCACAUUCGUCACUGUUGUCAUGUGCCUCGGACCACGAUUUACCAUCAAGUCAAUACAGAAGAUAUAUUUCCCUCGGGAUGUCGACAUUAUUCGCGAACAAGUGACGCUUGGGAAGUACAGCUAUCUUGAAAAGUAUGAGGCUUACGUUCCCCCAUCACACGCAUUUGCCGCGCAAGGCUCGGGGGACAUGCAAAGUAAAAAACCUGCUCCAAAGCGAGAUCCGAACCAACCGGAAGAGGAGCGCCCCAUUUAUCCUCCUUCUGUUGCGCCAACCGCAACAACCCACAACCCACGCAGCCAAAAUGGCAGUGACACAACUGCUUACACGGCAAGCUUGGAUCUCCGGCCUCCAGCCCACCAGUCACUAGAGCAAGAGCGCAAUCCACCACGGGAUCGUGUAAGGCCGUCGAUAGAUCGCUGCAGAUCCUCGGUGGAUCGAGUCAGGUCAAGCUUCGAAGCCAGCAGUGAUUUCACUUCGGCGGCGAUGCUAGCCCGAAUCGAAUCUAGCCAUGUUAGAGGCGAACACAACGGCCAUCCUGCGAUCCAGGAACACUAG